UUGGAGCAACUUAAACUCUAUUUUGAUCCGUCAAUGGCAGCAGUUCAGUGCAACACUGGAUUUCAGGGAUUUCAAUCAGGCGACGGAUCUCCAGAUACUUGGCCAGACAUCGAUAAGGAAGGACAGAUUGAUGCCUUUUCGGACAUAAACCACGAAGGACCAUUUCCGCCCACGUUACCACCACCGCCUCCAUCCCCAAAUGGUAAGACUUGUUCAUGCUCUGAACCCGAAAAGAAUUGCUGUAACUUUCUUUUUAACGGCAUUCAAGGAGAAGGAUCUUGGCCAAAAGGUGAAAAGGGAGAUAGAGGACCUCGCGGUCCACCUGGAGAAUCUAUAAGGGGACCGCCGGGACCACCUGGUCCUCCUGGGCUUCCCGCGCCUGCAUUAACAGAGGGUGGAGAUGGGAUGUGUUCUUGCAACGUGAGCACCUUCGUGGAUUACCUCCUACAACAAAAACUGCUACCGGGCCCGCCAGGAUCGCCGGGGGCCGAUGGAAAAGAGGGUCCCGCAGGAACACCAGGCCUACCCGGUUCACCGGGUGAACGCGGAUUGCCAGGAUAUACGGGAGACAAAGGAGAGCGCGGGGACAGAGGUCCACCGGGACCUCAAGGCCCCACUGGAUCUAGAGGAGAUCCAGGUCCUAAGGGUGAAAGAGGGGAACGGGGAGAACCUGGCCCCCCAGGGCCUCCAGCACCCAUACAGUAUGACAAUUUGGACGUUAGCAAUGAUGUUCUUCCGGGCAGUAUAACAAGAACAGGAAUUCCCGGCGAAAAAGGGGAUCGCGGUGAAAGGGGCCCCGUUGGUCCUCCAGGAGAGCGAGGAUUCAAAGGCCAAAAAGGCGAAAGAGGCGAACUGGGGUCCAAAGGGGAGAAAGGAGAUAAGGGACAUCCUGGAGAUAAAGGAGCCCGUGGAGCAAAAGGCGAUCCAGGUGAACCAGGGAAGGAUGGACUACCUGGUCUUCCUGGAGUUGAUGGCCUGCCAUCUCCGAAGGGCGAGAAAGGAGAUACCGGAAGUCCAGGACCUCCAGGGCCUCCUGGAGUUUCCCUGUAUACUCCAGGUAACGGAGAAUUAAUUGCUGCUGAACGAGGUCCAAAGGGUGAUAAAGGAGACAAAGGAGAACAAGGAGAACGUGGAUUAGAUGGAACCCCAGGAGUUCCUGGUGUAAAGGGUUCACAAGGAUCAUUGGGACCGUCAGGACCCAAGGGCGAAAGGGGAGCUCCUGGACCUAUUACCGUCACCAACGCCACUACUAAUCAAAUUAUCACAAUUAAGGGUGAAAAGGGAGACAUGGGACGCAGAGGACGUCGAGGAAAACCAGGUCCUACCGGCCCGAUAGGCCCUCCCGGCAAACCCGGACCUCCUGGGGAAAUAGGACUACCAGGGUGGAUGGGUCGUCCAGGAUCUCCAGGUAUUCCGGGUCCAAAAGGGGAUAAAGGAGAGCCUGCCGAUUUUGAAAUUAUAAAAAAUUUGCAUGGUGAAAAGGGAGAUAAAGGUGAACCAGGAAAAGAUGGUACACCUGGACGCGACGGUUCUCCUGGUCCUCCCGGACCUCCCUCUAACGAAAAUGCUAAGUACGUUCCAUUACCAGGACCUCCAGGUCCUCCAGGGCCGCCGGGACCACCAGGAGUUCCAGGAACCGCAGGUUUACCAGGACUAUCAAUCACAGGACCGAAAGGGGAACCUUCUUACGGUGAACCACACUUUUUCUCAAGACCAGGAAGGGCAUCCGCAAGUCCACCUACAUAUUUAGAACCUGAAGCCCUAAGACAAGAACUGAAAGUAGUACCCGGUGCCAUAGUUUUUCGUGAUAGACAGUCGAUGUUGAGGGUCUCUCUCGUGAAUCCGGUUGGCACUAUAGCAUACAUCAUGGAAGAAGAAGCACUUCUUGUACGCGUAAACAACGGGUGGCAGUACAUUGCGCUCGGAUCGUUACUACCACUUUCGACAACCACGUCCACCACACACCUGCCUCCAGUCACAUUACCCCAAAUUCGACCACCAUUUGAAUCCAGCAACUUAGUUAAAGUUCCUCAGUGGCACCCCAAACUGCUUAAAUUGGCUGCACUAAACGAACCACACACUGGAGACGUGCAUGGGAUAAGAGGUGCAGAUUACACUUGUUUCCGGGAAUCGCGUCGAGCUGGACUGAGAGGAACAUUUAGAGCAUUCCUGUCAUCCAGAUCUCAGAAUGUCGAUUCGAUUGUAAGACCCGCUGAUCGAAAAUUACCUGUCGCGAACCUUCGGGGUGAAAUACUGUUCAAUUCCUGGUCAGAAAUGUUUAAAGGGGAUGGAGCGGUAUUCGUUCAUCCCCCUAGAAUUUACUCUUUCAGUGGAAAGAACGUUUUAACGGACUUCACAUGGCCAAAUAAAGCCGUUUGGCACGGCGCCCUUCCGAAUGGUGAAAGGGCUUUGGACAUCUCGUGCGAUGCCUGGCACACGUCGUCAAGCAGCAAAAGCGGUCUUGGGGCCUCUUUGCAAAGUCCCCGCCUGCUCGAACAGACGUCCUACCCCUGUGAUAGUCGCCUUGUGAUUUUGUGCAUAGAGGCGACCAGCGAACAACCGACUCAUUUAAGGAAAAGAAGUUUAGAUUCUAAUAGAUUUGAAGAAGUAGAUCUAGAUGAUUCAAUUACACCGGAGGAGUAUAGUGAAUAUCUAAAAUCGAUUACUUAAAAUACUCAAUAAAAACCUUAGAAACAAAAAACUGAUUUAACAAAGUGAUACCUAAUUAAUAAAUAAAGUGAAUGGAUACUUAAUUAUAGGAAACGAAAAGACAAUUCAUCAGCAGGGAUAGAAUUUCUAAAGAUUCACGAAGUUUUAUACCUUCAAAUUCUACCAUAAAUGUUAUAUCUAAUAUUACAAGCGACAAAGCUAUUUAGCUUACACUUUUGUAGAUUUUUGUUCUCAAAACUUCCUCAAGGGAAUCUGUCCACCGAGUCCCAAAGAUCUCUUGAGAAUGAUCACCAGUAACGUUAACGAAACGGUGAAUGAAAAAUACUCUUUGAAAUAGCAGCCAUUUUUGUAUGACACAUUAAUUACUAUCUCGUAGUACAUAUCGUUUUCGUUAUCAUUAGAUACAUAAUACGAGCGAAUGCCAUAUUAAUUAACUGAAUUAAUAUUAAGUAUCUACUAACAACAAUAUCGUAAGUUACAUAUCAUUGUGCUAUAAAGUUACAUUUGCGCAUAUCAAUUUAUUUUAUCAUCAGGACCUAUGUAGAUAUCGAAGUUACCUGAAUCCGUCUGAGCCUACUAGAUAUCCAAAAUUUAUUCUUUUUGUACCAUUUGUAUGUAAGACUCAUCUAACUACAUACAAUAAGUAGAUAAGUUUUAGGCUGUACCUUCGUUGUCGGCAACAACAUCCGAAUGUAAAAGAUAAAACACGAAAAAAAAAGGUAUUAAAUCAACCUAGAACAGAACCCGGGUCCCCAGCAUGUCAAGCGAGAGCGCUGUAGCCACUGAACCAUUCACCUAUAUCAGUAAUGUUUUUGUUUGUGACGGCAUGGACCGUGGGAGUGGCUAAAUACGAUAUGUUCGUAGUGCGCCGACGCAAAGAGUUUAAUUUACAGAAACCGUUGCCGGCAGCGGAGACAUUUUAUAUUUCAAACACAAAUUAUGAGGAAGUUGAAUUUUACAACUAAAAAUCAAAAGAAACAAAAAAUAUUUGUCCCAUAUUUUGUGAUAAUUCUUAUUGUAAUGGUGUAACCGUUGGAAAAGGUGGUGUUACAGCCCGUACUUGAAAUUAU